GAUCGUCUGUUUCCCACUAAAGAACGUUGAGCUAUCGUCCCAUUUAGGCUCAGUAUAAAAGAGAGCAUGGUCUCAUGUUUUCGUUAGUAAGCUGCCUCUCGUUGUAGUCAUUUGAUCAUUUACGUCUAAAACUCUUUUGACUCGCAAUCAUGUCUCUUCUGCCUUUUACCGAAUUCAACACAAUGAUGGAUCCUUUCCAAUCCUAUGGUCCGCUCCAAACGUUCGAUCCGUUCUUCGGCAGGUACAACAUAGCCCCGCGGUCAAUGAGACAAUCCAUGAACCGCAUGAAUCAGGAACUUGGAAGAUUACUGUCUAGCGUCAAGGAAGAUGACAAGUCAUUCCAGGUCAUGGUCGAUGUGUCGCAGUUUCAGCCAAACGAAAUCACGGUGAAAACGACCGACAAAAACAUCAUCGUUCACGGUAUGCACGAAGAACGUAACGAUCAAUUCGGCACCGUUUCUCGGGAAUUCCGUCGCCGGAUUACCAUACCGCAAGGCGUUAAUCCUGAAUCUGUAACAUCAACCAUGUCUCCUGAAGGCAUUCUGACUGUCAUGGCUCCAAAGAUGAUGCUUGAAGGAUCGAAGGAGCGAGUCAUCCCUAUUACGAUGGCUCCACAAGCUGGAUCAAACGCUAAACCAACUCCAGCAGUUCAAGGACAAUAAGUUUCUCAAAGAAAUGGAUACAUUUUUUGUUACGAACAGCUUCUUUACCCCAUAUUUCAUUAAAUGUCGACUUGUGCUCCAAAAUCAAGCACACUUCGAAAUACAAAGAUUACUAAGUGUAA